GCGCAGAACAGGUGAGGGCCGCCACCACCGUGGGAUCGCAGGCAUCUGCACAGCGGCCACACUCUCGUAAAGGCCUGGUUCCCUAGUCUCCGCGACGAGGUCUCUAUGAAGCAGGGGCUAUGCAGCAUCACUACCCAAAGAGAAACAAGGGAAACAGCACUCUCGUCCCCCGCGCGCUUCCGUUUAAAAGCCUAACUUCCGGUUCGUUAACCGGUUCCGGUCCUCGCCUCUCACUUCCGGUCGUCUGGGGUUCCGCUGCGGUCGGAUCCUGCGUCCGCUGUUGCCGGGGAUCCUGCGUCCGCUGUUCCAGGCAUCUUUUCCUGAAGGGAAAGCAGCCUCAUCAUAUGUUUCAAGGAUGGCUCUUCCUAUCAUUGUCAAAUGGGGUGGACAGGAAUAUUCAGUGACCACACUUUCAGAAGAUGAUACUGUGCUCGAUCUCAAACAGUUUCUUAAGACCCUUACCGGCGUGCUACCAGAACGCCAGAAGUUACUUGGACUCAAAGUUAAAGGCAAACCUGCAGAAAAUGAUGUUAAGCUUGGAGCUCUCAAACUGAAACCAAAUACUAAAAUCAUGAUGAUGGGAACUCGUGAGGAGAGCUUGGAAGAUGUCUUAGGUCCACCUCCUGACAAUGAUGAUGUUGUCAAUGACUUUGACAUUGAAGAUGAAGUAGUUGAAGUAGAAAACAGGGAGGAAAACCUACUGAAAAUUUCCCGCAGAGUGAAAGAGUACAAAGUGGAAAUUUUGAAUCCUCCCAGGGAAGGGAAAAAGCUUUUGGUACUAGAUGUUGAUUAUACGUUAUUUGACCAUAGGUCUUGUGCAGAGACUGGCGUAGAGUUAAUGAGGCCAUAUCUUCAUGAAUUCCUAACAUCUGCGUAUGAGGACUAUGACAUUGUUAUUUGGUCUGCAACAAAUAUGAAGUGGAUUGAAGCUAAAAUGAAAGAGCUGGGAGUGAGCACAAAUGCAAAUUAUAAGAUUACCUUCAUGUUGGACAGUGCUGCUAUGAUUACAGUGCAUACUCCAAGGAGAGGUUUAAUAGAUGUGAAGCCUCUUGGUGUUAUAUGGGGAAAGUUUUCAGAGUUUUACAGCAAAAAAAACACCAUUAUGUUUGAUGACAUAGGAAGAAAUUUUCUCAUGAACCCACAGAAUGGAUUAAAGAUAAGACCUUUUAUGAAAGCACACCUAAAUCGAGAUAAAGACAAAGAACUUUUAAAAUUAACCCAGUACCUCAAGGAAAUAGCAAAAUUAGAUGACUUUUUGGACCUAAAUCACAAAUAUUGGGAAAGGUAUCUCUCAAAGAAGCAAGGACAGUAGUUACAAGUCAUACUGGCAAUUAUCGAAGAUACUUGAGAUCCACGAACUUCUCGCUUUUGUGCUAGAGAUCAUUAUGAUAGUGCUGGACACUGUAGCAAAUACCAGACUGCUUACACUUGGUCUUCCAGUUUUUUUGUAAAUUUAAUUUUAUAUUUUUUGAAGAUCAUAGCAAUACAUGGAAAAAAGAUCCCUUUUUCUCCCUCUCUGAAUAUACUGUAACUCUGGAAAAAUAUGUUCUCCAGCAUGGAGUACAGACACAAAAAGUGGACAAAAAUGUAUACUUAACAAUGUCAUUUUGUGACUUUGGAAACAAGUAUGUCAUGUGUUUUUGUCUCAUUGUGUUGUCUAAGCCCAAACCCAUCUUAAAACUACAGUUUUUCUCUUUAAAAAAGGUUUUUAGUAAGGAACCUAGUUUGGUGUGCUUAACAUCACCGAGAGUUUUUUUUUUUAAUUCCAUUGUCACAAACACAAUUUCUCUUCUUACUCCAACAUUUACAUCUCUAAAUUCUGAGCUAUCUCAAUUUGGUCUAUAUGUGUGUCAGUGUUCUUUGAGUAAAACUGGAAAACGUCUGCUGUGAUACAGAUGUGUCAUAGUAUGACAAAUAGAAAAUAUAGGACUGAAGAAUAAAAAGUUUGUUUCUUUGUGGUGGCUAAGUAGAAGCACUCCUGCCUGAAACCCUUGUCCUAAAGGCAGUUUGAGGCAGUAUGUUUUACGAUGGGACAUAUCACUCGUUCAGCCCUAAAAAGCAUGGACAACAAGUUUUUGUUCUGUUCUAGCUCUAACUUGUCUAAGUGCAAACACUGUUUCAGUAAAAAAUAUCUAGCCAUAAGAUUAAAAAAAAUUAUUGGCAUUGCUUAUGCCUGCAGAUAGGUAAUGUGACCACUGUUUUGUGUUUACAGUAUUGCUUUAUACAGUUCUUGUAUUUGAAAGGAAUCUGAUCCUUUCAAAUAAACUUGGUGUAUAUUGUUCUUACGGGACUAUUUCAGUGGUGUAAAUAAUAAAUUCCUUUUCUUAAAAUGUU